AUGAGCACUUCAGCUAGUAAAUGCCCCAUUUGUGCGCACACUUUCAGUCUAAUCCUGUGGAAACAUACUUGUCAAGAAUGUAAGCGUACUGUAUGCGACAAUUGUGCGCCGAAAAAGGUUCAACCCGGCGGCUAUAGUAAGAAGAGACGCGUUUGCUCAGAAUGUUUAGACUACACAAAUGCUUUACGCGCUGCCAAUAGCUACUCCUCGAAAGGCGUAAAUGACGCCGUCGCAAGGAAUCGUCGAAACGACGAGCAGCGCGAAAGGAGGGCUGUGAGGGUUGGAGAAGGUAUGCAUGCGAUGCAAAUAGACGACUAUCAUGCGAACUCAAUGGCAGUUUCGACUCUAAAGGAUUUGCCUGGCAAAGCGCAAAACAGGGAAGCAGCGGCAGAACACUCCCCAAAGGGCUCCAUGAACUACUUAGGAACCAUGGAAGCUCAUACCACCGAGCGUAAGAUCAGUAAUCCCGUUCUAGAGGCUGCCCUCCGCCGACAGAACAAUAAUAGUCACAGCAAUGAUGCGGACAUUGCAAAUGACAAGGUGCGUCUUAUAAACGAAAUCGAGAUGUUGUGCAAAAGUAAAGGUGAAACCACUCCGUUCGGUUUGCGAGCUUCUGAUGAGGCGAAGUUAAGGAGCUACCUGAAGUAUCUGAAAGAAAAAUACAAAGCCCGAAUAGGCAAGAACGAAACUGAGGGCUAA